CCGGCCAUUUCCCGCCGGCCCGGCUGGAGCGGGGCCCGGCUUCUCCUCCCGGGCACGAAGCUGCCUCUCCCGCAGGUAGAGACCAUGCCUCCGAAAUUCAAGCGGCACCUGAACGACGACGAGGUGACGGGCUCGGUGAAGAGCGAGCGGAGGAACCUGUUGGAGGAAGAUUCGGAUGAAGAGGAAGACUUUUUCUUGAGAGGGCCUUCUGGACCAAGAUUUGGACCCAGGAAUGACAAGAUCAGGCAUGUCCAGAACCAGGUGGACGAAGUCAUCGACGUUAUGCAGGAGAACAUCACGAAGGUGAUUGAAAGAGGCGAGCGGCUGGAUGACCUGCAGGAUAAAUCAGAAAGUUUAUCAGACAACGCAACAGCUUUUAGCAACAGAGCCAAGCAGCUUCGGAGACAGAUGUGGUGGCGAGGCUGCAAGAUGAAGGCGAUCAUAGCGCUGGUGGCGGUCAUCCUCCUGCUCGUGAUCAUCGUACCCAUAGUCCUGAAGUACCAUACCUGACGGGGCAGCUGGAGGCUUUGGUGGAGCUGGCUCUGGGAUAACCAAACUGCUGUGUAAUUUAAGUGAGAUAUCUGUAUAUAGCUUUGAAGUUGUUUUUCUCCAAGGAGCGAGGAGGUAGCGGCAAAUAGCCAGUUCUAACAGCUUUUAAGAACUGCCAAAUGAC